AUAAUGAUAUAUAUGCAGCCACAGUUGAAAUUUAUCUCAUCCUUUCCCAGACAGUUCAGCCUCCCAUUCCGAGCCCACGGUUCGUCAAUUCCAACCAGAAGCCAAGCAAGAGGACAUGGACUCCAUCCUUCUCUCGGAGCCUCUAGCCGUCGGUAACCCCCGCGCCGCCGCCGUGGCUCACCGUUCAUUCAGUUACCACGUACCAUGCCCUCUCCUAUUGCCUCCCGGGAGGAGACUUGUGAAGGUGCCCACCCAUCGUUUACUGGGUUUCCGGAGGUCCUUGGCUCUCGCCUCCACUGGCACCUUGAUGGCUAAUUCCGUACCCUCAAGAAGUGGAGUAUACACCGUUGGUGAUUUUAUGACAGGAAGAGAAGAAUUGCUUGUGGUAAAGCCUACGACAACAGUGGAUGAAGCGCUGGACGCUCUUGUAGAAAACAGAAUCACUGGCUUUCCAGUCAUUGAUGAUGACUGGAAAUUGGUCGGUCUUGUUUCAGAUUAUGACUUACUGGCAUUGGACUCCAUAUUAGGUGGCACGCCAAACGACACCAGCUUGUUUCCUGAAGUUGACAGCUCUUGGAAAACUUUUAAUGAGGUACAGAAAUUGCUCAGUAAAACCAAUGGUAAGUUGGUUGGUGAUUUGAUGACGCCAGCCCCAGUUGUAGUUCGUGAAACCACUAAUCUUGAGGACGCUGCCAGGAUAUUGCUCGAGACAAAAUAUCGCCGGCUUCCUGUUGUAGAUGCUGAUGGUAAGCUGGUUGGGAUUAUCACCAGAGGAAAUGUAGUUGGAGCUGCUCUUAAGAUAAAACGUGCUAGUGAAAUGAAGGCAUAAAAUUUAGCUCUGUGGUAUGAAUCUGAGGCUGUCCGAUUUGGCAAGCAGGAAUGAGUCUAUUCAUACAAGCUCUUGAGACUGUUGAGAGGGAGGUCAGAGGAUCUCAGCUUCAUUCUACAUACAAUUUUUGGCUUAUAUAUGUAUAAGAACACUGAUGUGAUUGUUAUACGUAAUUACAAAGGCCAAGGUUGUUGAGGUACCAACAAUUGUUCUGAAUUGAGGUACUUCUGAAUUUCUCCCCCCAACACUGCUAAGAGAGAGGUCAGAGGAUCUCAGCUUCUUUCUAUUGUACAAUUUUGGCUUGUAUAUGUAUAAAAUCACUGAUGUGAUUGUUA